AGGCGGUGCCCGCUCCUAUCCGCAGCCCUGGUGCUGGGCCUCGGCGCGCCCGCGGGGGGCGCGCGAGGCGGGUGCCAGGAUGCCGGCGUCGUUGACCUCGAAUUCACCAGCCUGGCCUCCAACAACCUGGCAGGCAGAGGCCCCGACACGGACGCGUCGCCCAACAUACGCUACCUCUACGUCGCGCAGGUGGGGAAUGUGCCCGUGGACCUCCUCGUGGAGGCCGGGGAGGCGUACCGGCCCGGCGACCCCGCCCUGAACGGGCAGCAGGGUCCCUAUGCACGAAUCAGCGUCGCAGGAGGCGCGACGGCCGACAUCCGGCUGGGCUUCCGGCGCUCUGGGACCUCCGCGGGCCUGGCCAUGAGGGGCUUGAACCUGACGCUCUUCGACCUGGACUCCCACAGCCAGAGCCACCUCGCGAUGGUCGGCCGUGCGC